ACGUCUUUCCAGUUCCGUGUUCGUUGGGUGGCCCCAUCAUGCGCUGCUCUGGGCGGGACUUUACCCACGCUGCAGCUUUUCAGAAGAACAAACUAUCGGCAUACCGUCAGGCUCAUGCCAGUGACCCUCGUAGUGCUGCGGGCUGCACGUUCGGCGAACUCACACGGAGAAGCGGCACUGUAUCGCACGACUAGUAGCGGACGACUCUCCUUCCAAUCAGCGCAUUGCUGUGAUAUGCCAUACCACUUGGCAUAAUGACGGCUUGGGGCUCAUGAAAUGGCGAAGAUGCCAUGACUCUUCCACGCGCUGGCGUGAGAACGGUGUAUCGCAUACCGCAUAUACCACUCGGGCUUGGGCAUAUGUGUUAUCUUCGCUUGCCUCCGCUUCACCUCGACCCUCGCCUCCUCGCGCUUCUUCCAUAAACUGUGCCUCGAUGUCGUCAAUUCAUGGCGCAACCAAAAGCUGAUAAGCACCAGAAGAACUUGAGCCGCUACAAGUGGUUCAAGUGCGAGAACCCCUCGCAGACCCCGGACACUCCAGCCCACUACUACACCAACACGGAGACGGGUGCCUCCAGUUGGGAGGAACCCCAAGAGCCAUACUGGGUCUACAACAUCGAGCUUGGGGGUCCAGACCCGUGCGGUCUGCAGUAUCCGGCCGGCGUGGAGCGGCCGGGCGCGGAGCAAACAUUAGCAGAGACCAAUCCUCUGCAGUACAACCCCAAGAUUCACGGCAAUUACGACCCCAAUGCAGACUAUGCCAAGUACACUUCACAACGCCUCGCCCAGCAGAGUGGCGGCGCCACUACUACCCUGACAACCAUGCCGGGACACACAGCCGACUACACGGCCAUCAUGGCUCUCAACGCGCGCACAGGCAGCACACAGCCCUCGCACCUGACGGCAGACCGACACACAGAGGCGGCCAAGAGUGGACGACAGAUGAAUGCCUUUUUCGACGUCGACGCAGCCGCCAAUGCGCACGAGGGCAAAUCUCUCAAGGAAGAACGCAAAGCCAAGAAACUCAGCAAGGCAGAAGUCAAAGCGUUUAAUGAGGCGCGAAAAGAGAAGAAACAGAAGAAGCGUAUGGCAUUUUACAAGUCUUGAUGAUGAUGAUGAUGUUUUUUUCUUCGAUGAGAUGUCGAAUGAAAAUGGUAGGUAGGUAGAUAGAGAGCUUGCUUAAU